GACUGCCAAGAGUGCUUUGUUUUAGCACCAAUUUGGACGUUGCUUUUGACAGUUGUCACCGCGUGAUUGUCACAGUCGGUGUUGUUGUUAUCUUUCAGAAAAUCAAACGAAACCAGUGAUUAGUCGUCGUCCUGCGUGAUUCAAAAGUGCAAAGUGUGGAAACUGUUCUGUGAAAAAUUUGUGAAUUUGAAAGUCAGGGCGCGCGUGGGCUCUGACUUUGGCGCGCACAACGACCUGCCCCUUGAUUGUGUUUAUGGAGAAUAUUCGGAGAAAUACCGGCUCAAAACACUGUAUUACACACAUUUUUCGAUUUGAGAAAGUGUCUUGUGUGUCAUCAAAGUCACAGCCGGUGGCUGGUUGAGAGAUUUAAUUUCUCCUAAAGGAUGGGACAUUGGGGAUGGAGUUGUUGUUCAUUUAGUCGAUUCAAAACUCCCCAACACCACUUUUUUGCAAAGACAUUCUAUGGUUAUGGAUUACGGCGGAUUGGCUCUUAGUGUGAGUCAAGCUCUUGAUAAAGAAGCUUUACGAGUUGGUCUCCACCCUAGCGGACGAGGUUAUAAGGAUUACACAGAAUCCGCUGCUGUUAGUAUGAUCAUCGGUUAUAAGCUCGCAACGAUGGCAACUCUUGCCUUUUCCGCUGUGGGAGCUUUAGUUUUGAAAGCUCUCAGCGUUGCUAAAAUUGCAGCCGUGCUUUCGAUGAUCCUUUUAGUAUCGAAGCUUUUCCAUCACAAUCAACACCAACAGCAACAACAUCAACUUCCGGCUUAUAUUGAAAUUGAACCAGAAUUUGCUGAAAUUUCUCCUGAAGAGUAUUUUCCGUCAGCAUCGAGUGAUUAUUAUUCGUACGCGAGCUUUCCUCCGGGGAUUGAUUACGUACCAGAGACAUCUGGUGGCAAUUCGACGCCUCCGGGCGAUCAACAAGUGUCGAGACGUCGAGACGUUUCAAAACGAAGAAGAGUGCCGUUGUUGACGAUACAUCAAUAUUCCAUUAAGUCUUGAAGCGAUGACAUUUUUCUCUUAUUUAAGUGUAUUAGGUAUUAUUGAAUAAAGCGUUAUGAGAUUUUUUUUCAUGAA